AUGCCGAAAGUAAGGCCGGCGAACCCAGCACGAUCAGAGAAAGCACCCGGAGCAUCUUACGAGAACUACGCAGUGCAGAGAGCGAGGCGGCGUCCGUUCCUGGUCCGGUUCUUACGCCGGGCGAUUACUCGGAAAGCCGUCGUGAGCGCUGUUCCUCUGAUCGUCAUCGUCCAGGUGCUGUACGUGGCCAAGGGCGAAAUGGGUGUCUUCAAAGUCAAGCACCGCACGAGCGUCAUCCAAGAUAGUCGAAGCUCCCGAGCUACGUUGCUAAACAACACGCAGCAGGAAAAGGAGCAGUUGAACCUGACCUCGUUGCCAAAUCCGGCGCCAUCUGCGAGGAGACAUCUGGUGACCAUGCUCUGCACCGUAGGGUCACGGUUACCACUAGGGGUGCCGGUUUACCCAGCGGACGGUGUCUGCACUUGGAUUGCCUAUACUCACGCUCGUUACGAUGGCAGCUCCGCAAUCCUCGUACCAGCAACCGAAGGCGCAGGAAGCCACCGCGCCUGGUUCUACUUCCGGCACAACGUGGGCGUGUACAACCGUACUCGCUUGCUUCCUUCCCUGGAGUGGGCGCACUUUCGGAAGACGCCGGGCGAGGAUCUGAACGGAUCCCAGGCGCGUUCACUGAAUCGGACGCUUGUCAACACUGGCAUGACGGGUUUGUCGAUGCUGAACGUGCUCGCUGACGUCAAAGACCUGCGGUCGCUGAGUCGCGCGUUGGCCACCAUGGCGCGCACGAACCAAGGCAUGUUCCUCGCUCUCGGCCUCCGCCUGAUGGGACUCCUGGACAGCACAGCUACCAGCAUCGUGCCCUCCGACGUCCUGGACGCCCUGCUGACACCGCUGAGUCUCUUCGUGCUUGAGACGCACCUCCCCGUUCCCGAAGAGACGUGCGUCACCGCUCCCUUGAUGCCCCUGUUUCCGUACGGCAGCCAGCCACGACCGACGCUCACGUUCCGCGGAGUCAAGGCGUUCUUCUCUCAGCCUGCCGUCAGGCUUAUACAUCCGAACGCCACGGGUCGCUGCGUGUCGUUUCUGUCUGGGGCCGUGCAGUUCCACGUAGUAGGCGGUAACGCUGCUUCCACCGACAACGCCUCGAACACCAUCGUGCCGACAAAGACGCGGGGACCUUCUCAACCCCGGCACUUGCACAGGCCUGGCGAGCCGUGCCACUCGUGGUCCCUGGUACCGGUGCAGUACGUCUGUGGUCAAACGCACGUGACGCACAUAACCGACGCUGUAGCUUGGUACGCCAGCUCGGAAGGCAAGUUUAUCGCCUACGACACAUGGGAAACCUUCUUUCGGAAGGCGCGACACGUUUUGAUGGACCACCUCGAAUCCGAGAUACCGACGUGCCUGGCAUUGUACUCGGUCGACCUGACGCCUCCCCGCUGGACCUGCGCGCCCUAUUUGCACAGCAGCAGGGGGCUGCUCUAUGUGGCCACAGCCCGUAUAUUGCCGACUAUCCGGGCUCCUCAAGUUCCCAACGUCUUCCAGGACUGAAGAAUUCGACGAAGUUGAUUUUAGUCUAGUUCUUGAGGCCCAGGACUAAUUUUGUUGUUAUCUAUUAUUCCAUUGAAUGGUAUGUAGUAUGUGCAAUCGGAGAACAAGUUUAUUGAGCAUGUCUUACCUUAUCACAAUUCAUGCCAACGUGUUUUCUGUACAGGCGCUGAGAAAGAUAGCAUACGUA